GAACUAUCUGGUGAUUGAAAGGCUGCAGCAGAAGUGAGAGAAAAGAUUAUACAGAGAGAGAAAUGGAAGCAGCAGCGGCCAAACCAAUCAUCAAAGUCGCAGCUCUCUGCGGAUCUAUUCGCAAAGCUUCCUUCAAUCGAGGCCUCCUCCACUAUGCGAUUAAGCUAUCCAGAGAGUCUAUCAACGGUUUACAGAUCGAAUACGUGGACAUAGCGCCACUGCCGAUGCUUAACACCGAUCUUGAGAAGGAUGGAAGGUUCCCGCCGGCGGUGGAGGCGUUCCGGCAGAAAAUUCUUGAAGCCGACAGCAUCCUCUUCGCCUCGCCGGAGUACAAUUACUCUGUAACUGCACCUUUGAAGAAUGCAAUUGAUUGGGCUUCAAGGCCUCCAAAUGUUUGGGCCGGUAAGGCUGCUGCUAUUGUAAGUACUGGAGAGGAUUUUGGCGGAGGACGAUCUCAGUAUCAUCUCCGCCAAAUCGGAGUUUUCCUUGAUCUUCAUUUCAUCAAUAAGCCUGAAUUUUUCUUGAACGCGUUCCAACCUCCUGCAAAGUUCGAUAGUGAUGGCAACUUGAUCGAUGAGGGGGCCAAGGAGAGGUUGAAAGAAGUUCUUUUAGCAUUGCAGGCUUUUACGUUGCGACUCCAAGGCAAGUGCUGAAUGAAAUCAUUAUGUUCAUUUCCUCCAUGGCGUUAUUAUUUGCAUCUGUGAUGCCACAGACUUGAAAUUGUUGUGCAUUUAUGUUGGGACUAAAAAAGGGGAAAAAAAAGAAGAAAAGAAUUAUGUAAUUUAUUUCCAUUUUACUUGGGAUAUUCUGUGGUGAUAUGAACUUUCUAGUCUCAGUUGCAAUUAGUGGUAGCUAGGUGGAUUCUGUUUCUA